GUUUUCAUCUAAUAGUGCUAUCAGAGUUCUAAUCUGGUAUUUUAAUACUGGCAUUGGAUUUCUCAUUUCAGUGAGUUUUUCAUUUCUAAAAAUUGUUUUUUUAAAACUAACCAUCUUACAGCAUCUUGUUCCAUAUCCAUUCAAAUUUUUCUUAAUUUCUUUAAGCCUUUAUUUUAAAAAAAUAUUUUAUAUCUAAAAGGGUAAUAUCUCAAGUGUUACGUUUUUUGUCACCUGAUACCUGUGUUUUAACUGUCUUACACGUGGUACAUUGUGUAUUUGUGUUUCACAAUUUCUUAAACUGUGCCUUCCUCAGUGUACUUAGAACUUUGUAUAUAAGAUUUUUCUCAAGACCCGAAUUAAAGUUGAUUUUCCAGAGAUGGAUCCACUUGCUUGCACUAGUUGUUUGAGGACAGUGCCAAUUAGGACCCUCUUUAAAUGAAAUUACUCUCUUGAGGUUGUUUGAACUACUCAAAUGAAUUUGGACUGAAACCUAAAAGAGAACACUUGUGUAUGCAAAUCCUCAAGAGAGAUUUUCUUUUCUUUUCUUUUUUCUUUUUUUUUGAGACAGAGUUUCGCUGUUGUUACCCAGACUGGAGUGCAAUGGCACAAUCUCGGCUCACCACAACCUCCGCCUCCUGGGUUCAAGCAAUUCUCCUGACUCAGCCUCCUGAGUAGCUGGGACUACAGGCGUGCACCACCAUGCCCAGCUAAUUUUUGUAUUUUUAGUAGAGACGGGGUUUCACCUUGUUGACCAGGACGGGCUCGAUCUCUUGACCUCGUGAUCCACUGCGCCCGGCCGGAGACUUUCUUUCUACUAUACCUGACAGUUACAGUUCCUUGCUUCGGGCUUUCAUAUGGAAAUUUUACUUUCUUUUUAAAAACGUUUUCACUAUGGAUUUUCAGUCAUACCCAGGAAUAGAGUGCUAUGAUGAAGCUACUGUGUACCUACUCAGCUUCAAUGAUGGUCACCAUUUUGCCAUUCUUAUUACAUCCAUUCUCUCCCUUGCUUUCUUUUGUAAUUUUUUUUUUUUUUUUGAGAUGGAGCCUCACUCUGUCUCCCAGGCUGGAGUGUAGUGGCACAAUCUCGGCUCACUGCAGCCUCCACCUCCCAGGUUCAAGCAGUUCUCCACCCUCAACCCCCCAAGUAGCUGGGAAUUACAGGUGCCUGACACCACACCUAGCUAAUUUUUGUAGUUUGAGUAGAGAUGGGGUUUCACCAUGUUGGUCAGGCUGGUCUUGAACUCCUGACCUCAAGCAGUCCACCCACCUUGGCCUCCCAAAGUGCAGGGAUUACAGGCAUGAGCCACCACACUCAGCCAGUUUUGUUUUUCUAAAGUAUAUUUUUCCAGCUUUAUUGAGGGAUAAUUUGCAAAUAAUAAAAAUUACAUAUGUUUAAGGUAUAUAUCAUAAUGUUUUGAUCUACCUAUCCAUUGUGAAAUUAUCAUCACAGUCAAGCUAAUUAACAUAUCCAUCCUUUGCUUGGUUGCUUCUGUGUGUAAGAUGCACUGUCUUGGAAAGUUUCAGGUAUACAGUACAUCAUUAACUAUAGUCACCAAUUCAUACAUCUGGUCUCCAGAACUCAGCCAUCUUAUAACAGCAGAGAUAUACCAUGACCAACAUCUCCCUGUUUCCCUCACCCUUUGGCUCCUGGUAAUCACCUCUCUACCCUGUUUCUAGUUUUGACUUUUAGAUUUCACGUAAGUGGUCAUGCAGUAUGACCUCUGUCUGCCUUAUUUUACUUUGCAUAACGUCCUCCAGGUUUCCUUCUUUUUUAAGACUGAAUAAUAACCCUCUCGUGUGUGUGACAUUUUCUUUUUUUGGGGGACAGAAUCUCGCAUUGUUGCCCAGGCUGUAGUGCACUGGCACAAUCUCAGCUCACUGCAAUCUCUGCCUCCUGGGUUCAAGCAAGUCUCCUGCCUCAGCCUCCCAAGUAGGUGGGACUACAGGCAUGUGUGGUCACACCCAGCUAAUUUUAAAAAUAUUUUUAGUAGAGACGGGUUUUCACCAUGUUGGCCAGGAUGGUCUCAAUCUCCUGACUUCAUGAUCUCCCUGCCUUGGCCUCCCAAAGUGCGGGGAUGACAGGCGUGAGCCACCACACUUGGCCAUAUAUGGGAGAGUUAGAGAAGGAUUAUUCUUCUUUAAAUGUUUGGUAGAAUUCAACAGUGAAACCACCAAGUCCUGGGCUUUUCUUUGAUGGAAGGUUUUUCCUUACUGAUUGAGUCUCCUUACUCAUUGAUCUUGUUGGGUUUUCUGUUUAUGUUUCAGUCUUAGCAGGUUACAUGUUCUAGGAAUUUUUCCAUUUCUUCUAGGUUAUCCAAUUUUUUGGCAUAAAAUUUUUCAUUAUAGUCUCUUAUCUUUUGUAUUUCUGUGGUUAUCACUUGCAGUGUCUUUUCUUUCAUUUCUUGAGACGGACUUUCGCUCUUGUUACCCAGGCUGGAGUGCAAUGGCCCGAUCUCGGCUCACCGCAGCCUCCGCCUCCUGGGUUCAGACAAUUCUCCUGCCUCAGCCUCCUGAGUAGCUGGGAUUACAGGCACGCGCCACCAUGCCCAGCUAAUUUUUUGUAUUUUUAGUAGAGACGGGGUUUCACCAUGUUGACCAGGAUGGUCUCGAUCUCUUGACCUCGUGAUCCACCCGCCUUGGCCUCCCAAAGUGCUGGGAUUACAGGCUCGAGCCACCGCGCCCGGCCCUUUUCUUUCAUUUCUAAUUUUAUAUUAGUCUUGUCUAUUUUAUGUUAGGUAGUCUGGCUAAAGGUUUUUGUUUUUAUUUUUAUACAACCAACUUUCAGUUUCAUCCAUCUUACCUAUUGUCUUUCUAGUCUCUCAUUUAUUUCUGCUAUGAUCUUUAUUAUUAUUUCCUUCCUUCUACUGACUUUGGGCUUAGUUUCUUCCUUUUUACUUCUACUGACUUUGGGCUUAGCUGCCACUUUUUCUAGUAACUUGAGGUAUUAACGUUAAGCUGUAUAAGAUCUUUCUUACUCACCCUUGCUCUCAUUGACAUGUAAUGUUUUUCCCAUCUUUUUACUUUUAGGCUACAUGCAUUCUUAAAGCUAUAGUGAGCUUCUUGUAGGCAACAUAUACUACUUUUUAAUCCAGUCUGCCACUAUGUGUUUUGAUUAGAGAAUUUAAUCCAUUUAUUUUUGUUUGCUUUUAAGGAGAUAGGAUCUCUGUCACCCAGGAUUGGAGUACAGUGGCAUGAUCAUACUCCCAGUACUCCCAGGCUCAAGCAAUCCUUCCACCCUAGCCCACCAAGUAGCUAGGACUGCAGGCAGAUGCCACCGCACCCAGAUAAUUGUUAAAAAUUAUUUUCUGUAGAGAUGCAGUCUUGCUGUGUUGCCCAGCCUGCUCUCAAACUCCUGCUAUCAAGUGAUCCUUCUGCCUCAGCCUCCUGAGUGCAUUUAUAUUUAAAGUAAUUAUCGAUAGCUGCCUGCUCAGGACUCUGCCCAGCCAGGAAGUAAACCUACAGGAGGAAGAAUGGCUGCAGGGUGGCUGACAGCCUGGUCACAGAUCUGAAUAGGACCAAGAGUCCUCACAACCUAACUGUGCAAAGAUCAAGCCAACCAUAUUUUAGAAAAGCUGUUAUGACAUGACCCUGAAUGAGACGGCCCAGGGAGAAGGAUUUAAAGAAGAGAGUUCUGAGAACUCAGCUUUCAGGCAAAUAACAGAAGGCCUCUGAUGCAUGUCUGAGCUUCCAAAGCCCUGGGUCUCCUCUCCAGUCCUGUUAGCCUCGCCCACUAUUCUCCUGGUACAUUGUCAAAAAUGGACAUCGGCUGAGCCAGAAUAUGUAUGUGAUGUUUUAGAACUCAGUGAGCUUCCAGGAAGUGGCAGUGGACUUUUCCCAGGAGGAGUGGGCAUUGCUGGACCUUGCUCAAAAAAAUCUAUACAAAGAUGUGAUGCUGGAGAACUUUAGGAACCUGACCUCAGUGGUAGGGUAUGAGCUCUGCAGACACAACCUGAUCUCCAAGGUGGAUCAAGAAGAGCUGAAGACAGAUGAAAGAGGAAUUCUAGAAAGUGACUGUGCAGAGUGGGAAACUCAACUCAAAUCCAAAGAUGUGAUUGCUAUGCAAAACAUUCCUGGGGGAAAAACAUCUAAUGACAUGAAAAUGGCACAAACUCAACCUGGUAAGAACCCCCUGGAGUGUAACCACUGUGGGAAAUUCAGAAAGAACACUCACUUUAAAUCUACAAGAUAUUGCAAGGGAGAGAAAUUCUAUAAAUAUACUAAGUAUGGCAAAGUCUUCAACCAUCCCUCAACUCUCAGGAGUCAUGUGAGCAUUCACAUUGGAGAGAAUACUCUUGAAUUUACUGAUUGUGGAAAAGCUUUCAAUCAAGAGUCAUCCCUCAGGAAACACUUAACUCCAACAGGAGAGAAUUCUCAUGAGUAUGAUCAAUCUGAUAUGUCCUUCAGCCUACACUCAUCCUUCUCGGUACGUGAGCAAAUACCUAAGGGCGAGAAAGGCAGUGAAUGCAGUGAUUAUGGCAGAAGCUUUCCCCUUAGUGUCCACACAAAGACUGAUCAUGUGCAGGAGGGUUUGGAACGUAAUGAACAUGAGAAAACUUUAACUGACCCUUUGUCCCUUCAGAACUGUGUCAGAACUCACACUGGAGAGAACCCCUAUGAAUGCGGUGACUGUGGGAAGGCCUUCAUUUUUCAGUCUUCCCUUAAGAAACACAUGAGAUCUCAUACUGGAGAGAAGCCGUAUGAGUGUGAUCACUGUGGAAAAUCCUUUAGCCAGAGCUCUCAUUUGAAUGUGCACAAAAGAACUCACACUGGAGAGAAACCCUAUGACUGUAAGGAAUGUGGGAGGGCUUUCACAGUUCCUUCAUCCCUUCAGAAACACGUGAGAACCCACACUGGAGAGAAACCCUAUGAAUGCAGUGACUGUGGAAAAGCUUUCAUCGAUCAGUCAUCCCUUAAGAAACACACACGCUGUCACACUGGAGAGAAGCCUUAUGAGUGCAACCAGUGUGGAAAAUGCUUCAGCACAGGCUCCUACCUCAUUGUGCACAAGAGAACUCACACUGGAGAGAAGACCUAUGAGUGUAAGGAAUGUGGGAAGGCCUUUAGGAAUUCCUCUUGCCUGAGGGUACACAUGAGAACUCACACUGGAGAGAAGCCUUAUAAAUGUAUUCAGUGUGAAAAAGCCUUUAGCACAAGCACUAACCUUAUAAUGCACAAGCGAAUCCACACUGGCCAGAAAUGCCAUGAAUGAAGUGACUACAGAAAAGUGUUUGUUGUCCUUCAUGCCUUCUUUCUCACUUUAGAACACAGGCUAGAGAGAAGCACUUUAAUGGUCAUUGUGCUUCUGGACCAACUCUGGAUGUUAUACUGGCACAAAUCUUAUGAAUAUUACAGCUUGCUUUUUUUUUUUUUUUUUUUUUUGACAGAGUCACUCAUGUUGCCUGGGCUAGAGUACAAUGGCACAAUCUUGGCUCACUGCAACCUCCACCUCCCAAGUUCAAGCGAUUCUCCUGCCUCAGCCUCCUGAGCAGCUGAGAUUAUAGGUGUCCACCACCAUGCCUGGCUAAUUUUUUAAAAAAUUCUUUAGUACAGACAGGGUUUCACCAUGUUGGCCAGGCUGGGUCUUAAACUCCUGACCUCAUGAUCUGCCUGCCUCAGCCUCCCAAAGUACUGGGAUUGAUUACAGGUAUUAGCCACCAUGCCCAGCCUCUGAUUGGUUUUAAUCAGUGAGUGUUUCAUCCUUAUACAUGUCAUAACUUAUUAUUUAUAAGUAUGUUAAUAUGUAGAUCCUAUGAGUAUUUUAAUUGCAUUGUGGUCUAAAAUACAUAUAGUCUAUGUGCCAUAGCUUUUAACAUAGUUGCUGGAGACUGACAUACUGUGGCAGACAGAACUAGUUUCUGUCUCAAUAUCCAUUCCUCCCUCCUUGUUCCAGUCCUCACUUUUUUUUUAAGAUAAAAUUUCGCUCUUGUCACCCAGGCUGGAGUGCAGUGGUGUAAUCUCGGCUCACUGCAACCUCUGACUCCCAGGUUCAAAUGAUUCCUCUCUCAGGCUCUUGAGUAGCUGGGAUUACAGGCAUAUGCCACCAUGCCUGGCUAAUUUUUAUACUUUUAGUAGAGAUGGUUUCACCGUGUUGGCUGAUCUCAAACUCCUCCUGACCUCAGGUGAUUCACCUGCCUUGGUCUCCCAAAGUGCUGGGAUUACAGAUGUGAGGCACCGUACCCAACCCCCUCCUUCUUAAAGUAACAAAGUUUACCAUUUGGUUCAAGCUGGCAAUAUGGACAUUUUUUAAAGGACUCAUCACCCAGCUUUCCUUACAGCUGUGAGUGGCCAAAUGUGUCCCCAUUUCUAGCCCAUGCAAAGUAGGCAGAGUCACUGGAUAUAGCUUCUAAGGAAGCUCAUGGAAAUGGGAAUACCUCAUCUGGUGUUUUUUUUUCUUAACUAUAUUUGCCUUUUGUCUUACCCCUUUUUAUUUCCUAGAAAAUUUAUACACCAAGAGGAGGACAGAGAAAGAGGAGGACAGAAAGGAUACUAAAGGAAACAACAGGGGAGAUACAAUAUUAUCUGGUUGCACUAAUCCUGUGCUGCUUAUGGACCACAUGCUUUAACCCACUAUUGGGGGAAAUUCCUCUUUCAGCUGAUUUCAGUCCCAAUUGUUACAUCUAACAUAUGGUCAUGUUUCAGGAAUCUUUCAAGUAUGGUUGAAAACAUAGUGUUUUCUGAGGCAGGAGGAUCACUUAAGCCUAGGAGCUUGAAAUCAGCCUAGGCAACAGAGUGAGACCCUGUCUCUCCAAAAAACAAUUAUAAUUAGUUUGAUGUGGCUACUUGUACAGACUGCACAUCUGUAGUCUCAGCUGCUCUGGAGGCAGAGGCAGGAGGAUCAUUUGAGCCCAGAAGCUUGAGGGUGCAGUGAGCCAUGUUUGUACCACCUGGGCAAGAUAGUGAGACCCCUCUCUAAAAAAGUUGUAUAUUUACACACUUACCAAGAGUGGUAUGUAUAACUGUGGCUUGUCAAACUUGUUUCUGAGAUGUCUCACUGUGUUGCCCAGGUUGGAGUGCAGUGGUGUGAUCUUAGCUCACUGCACCUUCCAUCUUCUGGGUUCAGGUGAUUCUUGUGUCUCUGCCUUCCAAGUAGCUGGGAUUACAGGCACGUGCCACCAUAUCUGGCUUCUUUUUCAUAUUUUUAGUAAAGGUGGGGUUUCCCAGUGUUGGCCAGGCUGGUUUCAAACUCUUGACCUCAAGGGAUCCGCCUGCCAUGAGCCACCACACCCAGCCAAAUUCUUUUUUAAAAAAUAUCUGUCUAGGCCAGGUGCAGUGCUGCAUGUCUGGAAUCAUAGCACUUUGGGAGCCCAAGGCAAGCAGGUCACUUGAGCUUACCAGUUCAAGACCAAGCCCAGCGAAUGAGCCAAAACUUCAUCUCUACCAAAAAAAGCCAGGUAUGGCAGUGUACGCCUGUAGUCCCAGCUACUCAGUAGGCUGAGAUAAGAGUAUCACCUCAGCCCAGGAAGCAGAGGUAGCAGUGAGCUGAGAUCAUUUACUAGUAUACUCCAGCCUGGGCCACAGAGUGACACCAUGUCUCACACAAAAAAAGUUUUUUGGAGGGGUACUAUACUUGGGUACAGGUAAGUUUACUCAUUUUAUAUGUUUCUGGCACACUGUCCUAUUAUUCUUACCCAGUACCCAUACUUUUCCCCUAAUAAAUUAAUGUUCAUUAA